UCUGGUGACAUUGAACAAGCCACUGGGCCUGCCAGUGACAGGGAAACCUCUGGGCUUGUACUCCUCUCCAGUUGUCCCCAGACAGCAAGCCACCUCCAGAAGUUCUUCACUCACUCGCAGAGAGCCAGGAGACCCACAGUCACCUACUGUGCUGUCACUGAUGGGAUCCCAGCUACUUCUGAGGGGAAGAUCCAAGCAGCUCUGAAACUGGAACACAUUGAUGGGGUCAAUCUUGUAGUUCCAGUGAAGUCCCCAUCCCGAAAGGACAUCUUGGAAGGUGUCAAGAGGACCCUCAGCUACUUCCGUGUGGUGGCCAUGGGCUCUGGCUGUGCCCUGGUCCAGCUGCAGCCACUGACAGCGUUUCCCAGCCAGCUACAGGCGCACAUGGCACUACAGCUCUGCCCUCUGCUCGGGGACCACAUGUACUCUGCCCGUGUGGCCACUGUUCUGGGCCAGCGCUUUCUGCUGCCUGCUGAGAGCACCAGGCCCCAAAGACAGGUCCUGGAUGAAGCCCUCCUCCGCCGCCUCCACCUGACCCCCUCCCAGGCUGCCCAGCUGCCCCUGCACCUCCACCUGCAUUGUCUCUACCUCCCAGGUGCCAGGCCCAGGGACCCACCCAUCAAGCUUCUGGCACCUUUGCCCUCUUAUUUCUCCAGGACCCUGCAUUGCCUGGGGCUCCACUACCAAUAGUCCUUCUGUUCCUGCUGGAAAGCAGUGGGGGUUGGAGGGCGGAUGGGCUGCAGUCAGGCCCGAGGAGAGUGAGGUCAGUGCUCAACACGCAGAAGGCCAUAGUGUAAGAUCCUCUGUAGUUGGACAAACUUAAGAUCACAUCCUAAGGCCACUUGCUGAGUGGUGUUGGGCAAAUGACUUCACCUCUCUGGACCUGAGAUAAUAAAAGUACCUACCCUCAUAGUAUCGUUUUCAGGAUUUGCUGAGAAAGAAAAUGUUUAUCAUGGACCGUGGUUUCUGCUGAGUUCAGUAUGUGGUCUUUAUAUUUGGCUGUUUCUGGCCCAAUUCUAGCUGAGAGAAAAUGUUAGGUUUUAAAAAAAAAUUGUGGUAAAAUACACCUAAUAAAAUUUACCAUCUUAACCAUUUUUAAGUGUACAGUUCAGUGGCAUUAAGGACAUUCACACUGUCGUGCAGCCAUCACUACCAUCCAUCUCCAGAACUUUCUCACCUUCCCAAACUGAAACUCUCCCCAUUAAACACCAACUCCCCCUCCCCCACCCCUCCCAGCCCCAGUUGCCACCAUUCUGUCAUCUGUCUCUAUGUAUUUGACUACUCAUUUAAGUGAAGAUGUUAGAUCUUUCACUUUAAAAAACCGUGAAAUAUAUGAAACAUACAGAGUGCAUAAAACAUCUCUGUGAUUUAAAGAAUAACUCUAAGGUGACACCCACAUAACCACCACUCGGCACAAAACUGAAGCAUCCCUUCUCCUAUCCUAGACAACAGCAGCUCUCAACCCUGGCCCGACAUGAGAACCCCCUACCCUGCCCACUCAGAAAGC